AUACAGUGGAGGCUUUUAGAAAUCUGCGGGGGCCAUUAGCUCUCCGCAGCUUCCUCCCCAGGUUUCCCAUCCCUCCUCCCCCAGCGUCCCCGGCGACUAGAUCUGCGGGCAGCUCCGAGCUCGACGCAGGGGAAGCUCGUCCUGACUGCAAUGCAAACCCCGUCCUGGUCUGAACCGGAGAAGGUUCGAAAUCUGAUAUUUUCUUUGGUCUGUGGUUUGAGGUCUCAUUGCAGAACAAAAAUGGGAGAUGCUGAAGUAGGCAAGAAGAUCUUUGUUCAGAAAUGUGCUCAGUGCCACACAGUGGAAAAAGGUGGAAAGCACAAGACAGGUCCAAAUCUCUGGGGCCUUUUUGGACGAAAGACAGGACAAGCACCAGGAUAUUCUUACACUGAUGCAAACAAGAACAAAGGUAUUAUCUGGUCAGAAGCAACUUUGCUGGAAUAUUUGGAGAACCCAAAGAAAUACAUUCCUGGCACUAAAAUGAUCUUUGCUGGUAUCAAAAAGAAGAGUGAGAGAGAAGAUCUUAUUCAGUAUUUGAAAAAGGCAACAUCCUCAUGAA